UUGCAUUUUGGCGCUCGUCCCAAGCGAUUCAUACAUAUUCGCAGGCGCCGAGCCGCCCCAUCCACAGCCACACGAAAUCCGCCAACAAAACUCUGGCCGUCGCGCACGCGCUCAACGAAAACGACAACGACAACGAAAACGAAAAGCUGCAAGCCGAGGCCGAGGCCGAGCCACACAGCAGCAGAGACAGCACAAGUAGACGCGAAUAACCGUUAAUAUCGAGCAGCCGCAGGGCGACCAACAGUUAGCUGGGGCCCAUUAUAUAACCGAGAGUGGAGAGCAGCUUCUGGUUCCAGCUGCUGCUGGCACUUCCCCUUCGCCAGCGCCUUCUACUUCUCCUGCCUUCUGCCUUGAGCUUCUGCGUGCCAUUUGGCGAUGUCGAUGACGCCCAUCUCGAGCUUGAGCUUGCGAACUGCUAAUUAAUGCGCAGUCGUGAAGAGAAAAGCCAAAAAAAAAAAAACGAAGCUGGGAAACCUCUUAAAUUAUUAUAUUUAAGCCAUUAAAAAGGUCUGGGCCAAGCCGUGAGUGCGGACUAAUAAAGAAGCCAGUCGAAGGCGAAGUCGGAGUUGCAGUUGGAGUCGUAGUCCACCUCUCGUGGCACCCCCUGAACCUGAACCACCACCCCACCCCCUCUGCUCCGCUCAUCUCAGCUCAUUUGACUGCGAGCGUGAAAGUGAAAAGCAUCUGGACAGUCGACACCAGCAGCAUCAUCAGGAUACAGAUAGGCACAAGACAAAGACACAUCUGGCUGCUGAGGGUCAGUCAUGCGCACGAUGAGCAGCUGAGGCAGCUGCCCGAGGAGCAGCCAGCGAGCGACCACGAGAUGAAGCAAUCACAGUCGUCGCCGCAUCAGCUGGCGAACGCCCUGGCCCUGGGCUUGCUGCUGCUGCUGUUUCCCAGCAGCUCCCGGCAGUUCGAGACGGACUGCGGCUGUCGUCCGGCGUCGUCGCGGCGAGGACCUCGAAUCAUAUCUGGUGCGACGACAAACGAGGGCCAGUUCCCCUGGCAGGCAUCGCUGGAGCUGCUGCAUCCGUCCCUGGGCUUCCUGGGGCACUGGUGUGGAGCCGUGCUCAUCCAUCAGUACUGGAUACUGUCCGCCGCCCAUUGUGUGCACAACGAUCUCUUCAACCUGCCCAUUCCCCCGCUGUGGACCGUGGUGCUGGGGGAGCACGAUCGGGACGUGGAGUCGGGCAACGAGCAGCGCAUACCCGUCGAGAAGAUUGUGAUGCAUCAGCGCUACCACAACUUCCGGCACGACGUGGUGCUCAUGAAGCUGUCCAAGCCGGCAGACAUCGCCCGGGCCUCCAACAUUCGCCGCAUUUGUCUGCCCUUCAUGCUGGCCGAGUCGCAGGCUGACGCGGCCCUGUCCGCCGCAGCGGCCGAGGAUGUGCUUGGCCAGCAGCUGGACCUGGAGCUGGAGGAUGUGCCCGAGAAGAUAGACAACUUUCUGCGCAGCGUGCAGAGUCGCCGGCGCUACCGGAAUGUGACUUCGCCCAGCAUGCGGGAGCUCAUGAACAUGAAGAUACUCAGUCGGAUGCGGCAGGCUCUGGCGCAGCGCUCCUCCCCGCGCAGCCUGAAGCGCACCCGACGGCGCAACGACAAGCUGAUGAAGCUGGACCCAAGGCCUGCUGGCGGGGACUCAGUGGAGCAGAAAUAUCUCAAGCCGAACGGGGAGUUGGAUCCGCGCGAGAUGGCCUUCGUUGACUGUGUGGCCACCGGCUGGGGCAAGGCCAAUAUCAGUGGCGAUUUGUCCAGCCAGCUGCUGAAGACGCAAGUUCCUUUACACCAGAAUGGCAGGUGCAAAGAUGCCUACGGCAGCUUUGUGAACAUCCAUGGCGGCCAUCUGUGCGCCGGCAAGCUGAACGGCGAGGGAGGCACUUGUGUGGGCGACUCCGGCGGUCCACUGCAGUGUCGCCUCAGCCACAAUGGACCCUGGAUACUGGUGGGGGUCACCUCGUUCGGGUCGGGCUGUGCCCUGGAGGGCUUUCCCGAUGUGUACACCCGCACAUCGUUCUACAUGAAGUGGAUUGAAGAUACAAUUGCCUCUCAUUGACUUUAGAUUGGCCCGCCAACCGAUCAACUAGUAAUCGUUGUAGCUAUAGCUAUCGACCUGUAUUUAUCGCAUACGCUACAAGUAACUGUACCCCUAGCGUUAUCGUUA